CCCUAUUCUGCAGUCACAUAUUUAACUUUUAUUUUAGCUUUUUUUGUCGCCAACUAUAGCCUCUACGUACCCCUCUCUUAUCUCUGUUGUUCGACUGUCAAGAUCUGCAAUGGCCUUAAUUAACGAACCCUCCUCUUCUGUUGCUCCUCUCGAUGAGACUAAGCCAUGGAAGAUCAAAGUGAAGCUAAUGAGGAUAUGGAAGGAGGGAUUGAGGAAAAGAGCCGCAAACUCGAUCGACAUGGUUUUACUCGAAUCAUCGGAAUCAUCAAGAAUUCACAUAACAAUAGAUAAAGCUUUCUCUGAAUGGAUUAAGGAUAUUAAUGAUGGAGAUGAUCACGCUGAUAUUGAUAUCCCUGAAAAUGCGUCGCCAAUUGAGUGCCCUGAUCCUAUCGAAGAAAUAGUGAGCCAAGUUUAUGGAGACUCUUUUCGUGAACAGUCCUCCUAUUCCUAUUGCCGCGACACGGUUAUUUUGUGUCAUACUCAAUCUGAUGUGGAUCAGAUUAAUGCCUAUAUGCUUUCACAAAUACCAGGUGAAGAUAUAUUAUCUCACAGCGAUGACUGUCUUGUUCCGAGCCUUAAGGAUAACUCAAGGCCAGGCCAUUACAUAUUUGCAACAACACAACCUGGUCAUCCUCCCCGAAUGCUUGAGUUGAUCCCUAAGAUGCACAUGUUCUCUGGGAAAGAUUUUGUUACCCCAAUGCGGCGUACCCAGUAUCCUUUCACACUUGCAUUCGCCAUGACUGUAGAUCAGAGUCGAGGCCAAGCAUUUUCCAAAGUUGGUCUAUAUCUACCAAAACAAGUACUGUGCCCUCCUGGACAAAGGUAUCUUGCCAUAUCCAAAGUUAAGGCCGCAACUGGUUUGACCCAAGUUCUUAUCACAGAAGAAGGUGAGAAACCCCAUGUAGAAGCCCAAAAUGUUGUCUUGAAGAAGUUGUUUUGGAACGUUUAGUCUACAGAUCUCUUGUUUCAGACUAUUUAUAUAUAACGUUCCCUAUUUAUGGUUUGGUUUUUUCUUUUUCUUCAAAACAGCAUAAUUAAGACUUUGGUUUUAU